AUAAAUAAAAUUUAUUGAGCCAUUGUACAUGGUUAUAAGGGGUUAAGUUCCAAACUAAUGAACAGCCACAAAACCUUUUUCUUUAAUAUAAAUGAUAUAAAUAGAAGAGAAUUUUCACAAUAAAAGUAUUGGCUGGCAAGGUCUAUAAUUAUAUUUUAAUUCAGUUCAAAAAUAAAAGGUUUAUUGUCAAUUCUUCAUACAGAAUAUAUGAAGAAUUGAAAUUGUUUUUGUCUAUCCCAAGCGUAUAAAUAAAUAAUAAAUGGAAAAGUCCAAGUGUUCUUUGGAGAGAUGCAGAUUCCUAGCUUCCUCUCAGCCUGGUGGUUAGAGAGGGGAGAGAGUUCAGCAUCCUAACAGCCUGGUGGAUGAAGCUGUUAGUGAGUCUGGUGGUCUGGUGUCUCCUGUAUCUCCUCCCGAAGGGCAGGAGGCUGAACCUAUUGUGUGCGGGGUGACUUGCAUCACUCACAAUUGUAAUGGCUUUGUGGCUGAGGCGGGUGGUGUAUAUGCCUUUCAGGGAGGGGAGUGGUGCACCACUGACUUUCCUGGCUGUGUUCACUAUGCACUGCAGGGCUCUUCUGUUGUAGUCAGCGCAGCUACUGCUCCACACUCAUUCCUUUGUAGAAUGUGGUCAUGAUAGGUGGUGAGGCACUUGCCUGCUUGAGUUUUCGCAGGAAGUAGAGGUGCUGCUAGGUUUUCUUCACCAGUGAUGCUGUGUCUGUGGUCCACGAGAGGUUCUCACUGAUGUGCACCCCUAAGAAUUUUGUGCUGCUCACUCUCUCCAUAGCAGAAUUAUUUUAUGUAUAUAUGAUUCAAAUAUAGGUUACAACAAAUUAAAACAUCUUGAUGUACAUAUAAAACACAGUAAAGGAGUGAGAAGUAAAACUAGUUCUUACUCCCACCCACAUUCAAUAACUACAAAUAACUGUGGGGAUACCAUCCUACACUUUUCCAAAUAAUCAUGGUUUUAAUAAUUUAUCAAGCAUUACAGACACUACCUUGUACAAUAUCUGUUACUAACAAUACUGUAUUUUUCUACACAACCCACAUGAAACCAGGCAAAUAACACAGGCAAGUCUGGCCGAACAAACGUACAAAGUUUUAGACAAUCAUCUUAAAACUUUUCUAUCUUUUAUAGUAAUUGAUUAGCUAGACAAAAAUAAAAAUUAUAUCACAACAAAUUGGUACUGAAAUGUAGAAUUUAAGUAAAUGUUACUAAGGUAAAACACAACAAAACAUUUAAUAAAAAUAAUAUAAAUCUUGUAUUUACACUAAAUAAAAGUUGAUUGCUGAGCAAAAUACAAUUUUAAGUGCUUAAGAUUUAGAUAUUUAAAGUGCACCAUCCAUCCCACAUUGCACUAACCCUGUAUUCCACUACUAAUUCUUGACCAAGUUAUAAAUGAGCAACUAUAAAACUACAAUUACCAUACAAUCAAAAGCCAACAUGGAAAAAUUUGUGCAAAAUCCAACAAUGCACUGGCCUACUGUAGUGGAAAAAAUCGGGGCCGUUGAGUCCACACUACAAUAGUAUUAACCAUCAGGCUUCUCUGUCUAUUUUUGUCCAUUUUGACUUUUUUUUUUUUUACCUAGUUGGCUCACUAUUUCAAUUCAGUUAAUGCUAAAGACACCACAUUUUGUGGAAAGUUUUUAGGCCUCAAGAAAUGUUUUGCUACUGUACUGGGACACUCACAGAUGUCACUUAGGUAUUGUUUUGAUUAGUAAUGAAAUGGUUAAUUCCCCCCAAGUAUUUCCUCUGAAGGUCUUUUGCCACAUUUGCUGCCACAUCUGGUGUAAAAAGCCUUUGGCAUCUUAAAGCUCCUUAACUAGCCUGUGUUUAGGGUCUAAAGUGUGACUUUUCUAAGGGAAGCCUGAGGGUCAAACCACAACAGCAAUAUUAGGAAUGUACCUUUAGUAUUCAACCAGAUAUGACUAGGGGCUCUGGGCACUGCAAUAUUUAAAAAUACUUUUUAAAGGGUAUUGAAUGUUAAAACUUUCAGUCUAUAUUGGAGCAACACUGGUGGUGGAAGGCGUCUUUUUAUUCUUCAUACGGACAAAUGACUAUACUUGAUCUAAAAAAGUAUUCCUUGUGGCAUGUGUUUGAUUUAACCCUCUCCAGGCAGGUGCUGCAGAUUUACAACAGCUAAAUUCCAAGUACCUACUGACUCCACAUCCAUAUUAUAUGAGCUUUUUUUUACUCAGGAGCCAUUUCUCCCAUCCAUGCUGAUAAACGUGGGCGAUGCAGACUGUGCAAGAAUGGCUACACGCAAACGGCCUGCCAGAAGUGCAAAAUACUUUUUUUGUUUACAAAGGAUAAAAAAGUCAGAAUUGUAUAUUACUACCCCAUAUUAUAAUUUUCCUGUUACUAAAAAUUAAUUUGAGCCUGAGAGGGUUAAGGGUAGUUUACAUUUUGGACUUUUAUUUUGAUACACGCCGGAAGAGAUCACGUCACGUAAAUAUAGAUAUAAAACCGUUGCUUUGGGGCAUUCAGCAAAUCUCAACCGCAUCUUUACAUCGUCACCAUCGCCUCCGUCUGCAGCCACAAUGGUCAAAGAGAUAUCAAGUUUGGAAGAGUUUAAAGCAGAACUGGCUGCUGCUGGGAACAAGUUGGUGGUGGUAGACUUUACAGCUCAGUGGUGUGGUCCCUGCAAAGCCAUGGCUCCCAAAUUUGAAAGAAUGGCAGAAGAAAACAAAGAUGUUAUUUUUUUGAAGGUGGAUGUUGAUGAUGCAGGAGACGUGAGUGAAUUUUGUGGCAUUAAAUGUAUGCCAACGUUUCAUUUCUAUAAAAAUGAACAGAAGGUGGACGAGUUUUCUGGGGCUAAUGAAGAUACUUUAAGGGCAAAAGUGGCCCAACACAAGUGAAGUUCUGAAAUAGUGUACACUGAUAUUAUAACACUAAUAUUGUGACACUAAUAUAGUGUAAACAGAAGCUGCAUCAUUACUGUGUGAAUGUCAUUUGCUCAGUAAGUCUUAAAUGUGUUGGUCCUGUCAUGUUCAUUAAGUUGAUUUUAAUAAAUAAAGUAGAUCAAACUGUGCAAAAUGUAA